AUGUCCCAGGCCGGUGGCAGCCCCCGGGCAGAGGAUGCAGGGCUGUGUGUCGGGGCGCACUCGCGCACCCCAAGCCGGGGCAGCCAGCGGGUUGAGUGCAUCAUCUGCUACUCCUCCUACGACCUGUGCGGCCGGCUGCCGCGCCGGCUCUACUGCGGCCAUACCUUCUGCCAAGCCUGCCUGAAACGCCUUGACGCUGUCGCCAACGAGCAGCGCUGGAUCCCCUGCCCGCAGUGCCGUCAAAAUACACCCACGCCGCGUGGCGGCGUUGCCAUGCUUGACCUCGACCUGGCCACCUUCCUCGCCAUCAAGGCUGACAAGGAGCAUCCCCGGGUGGCUGGCAGGUCCCAGCCCGACUUGGCCACCAAGGGCUCGUGCAAAGAGAAGGUGAUCACCCAGCAGCCGGCAGGGCUGUGCCAAGAUGCGGUGCCUCCGGCGCUCUUCCCCCGACGUGGCUGCUGCCAGCCGUGCCUGUGCUGUGGGGUGACGGCGGCCUUCGAGAGCUGA